GUUCUCUUCCUCUCUCUCCCUGAGAUUAUAUCUCAGCCAUUUUCUUAAUAAAUCUCUCUCUCUCUCUCUCUGAAUCUUUUCUUCUUCUUUUUUCUUUUGUAUACUACCACAGCUAUGGAGUUUGCUUGAAAUAUCUUUGUUUUGUUUAUUUUUAUAUUUUUAAUUUGAAGCCAUGGAAGGAGCAAUUCAUCCACCUGAAACAUCGGCUUUCAGGGACUGCUUCUCUCUUGCAUGGAAAAAUCCAUACGUUCUUCGUCUUGCAUUUUCUGCAGGAAUUGGCGGUCUUCUCUUCGGUUAUGAUACAGGUGUAAUUUCAGGAGCCCUUCUUUACAUUCGAGACGACUUCGAGGCAGUUGAAAAGAGAACAGUUCUACAGGAGAGCAUUGUGAGCAUGGCAGUUGCAGGAGCAAUCAUAGGAGCUGCGAUUGGAGGAUGGAUGAACGACCGGUUCGGACGGAGAACUUCAAUCCUGGUCGCUGACUUCCUCUUCCUUGUUGGCGCCAUCGUCAUGGCCGCUGCUCCAAACCCUGCUCUCCUCAUCAUCGGCCGCGUCUUUGUGGGCCUUGGUGUUGGAAUGGCAUCAAUGACGUCCCCACUUUACAUCUCAGAAGCUUCUCCAGCCAAAAUCCGUGGCGCGCUUGUCAGCACCAAUGGCUUUCUCAUAACAGGAGGCCAGUUCCUGGCCUACCUUAUCAACCUAGCCUUCACUAAGGCACCCGGAACAUGGAGGUGGAUGCUUGGAGUCGCUGGCAUUCCAGCUCUGUUACAGUUUAUAUUGAUGUUCUUUCUCCCCGAAUCAUCUCGUUGGCUGUAUAGAAAGGGAAGGCAAGAGGAAGCGAAAUCCAUACUAAAGAAAAUAUACCCACCCCAUGAGGUAGAAACAGAGAUUCAAGCCCUCCAAGAAUCGGUAGAAGCCGAGGUCAGGGAAGGAUCUUCAGAAAAGAUCAGCUUUAUCAAGUUAUGGAAGACAAAGACAGUGAGGAGAGGUCUUCUUGCAGGUGUAGGACUUCAGGUGUUCCAGCAAUUUGUGGGUAUAAACACAGUCAUGUACUACAGUCCAACAAUAGUUCAGUUGGCAGGAUUUGCAUCCAACGAGACUGCUCUCCUACUCUCGCUCAUCACUUCUGGACUCAAUGCCUUGGGCUCUAUAGUCAGCAUCUACUUCAUUGAUAGGAUGGGCCGCAAAAAGCUGCUGGUCAUCAGUCUAACGGGGGUGAUUAUCUCACUCGGCAUCCUGUCAGCUGCUUUCCAUGAGACCAGUUCACAUGCGCCAGAUGUUGGUAGGAUGGCAACGGAGCAUUUCAGAAACUACACCUGCCCAGAUUACGAGACAGCUUCUACAACUUGGGACUGUAUGAGAUGCUUGAAGGCUUCUCCACAUUGUGGGUUUUGUGCUUCUGGCACUAACAAGAUGUUUCCGGGAGCAUGUUUGAUUUCAAAUUCAACGUUGAGGGAUCUCUGCCACAAUGAACACAGGGAAUGGUACACAAAAGGAUGCCCAAGCAACUAUGGAUGGAUAGCAUUGGUCGGAUUAGCACUGUACAUCAUCUUCUUUUCUCCAGGGAUGGGAACCGUCCCAUGGAUCGUGAAUUCUGAGAUCUACCCUUUGAGAUUUAGAGGAGUAUGCGGUGGAAUAGCUGCCACAGCAAACUGGAUCUCAAACCUGAUAGUGGCGCAGUCUUUCCUGUCCUUAACGGAAGCAAUAGGAACAUCAUGGACGUUCUUUAUAUUCGGGUUGAUCUCUGUGGCCGGCCUGAUUUUCGUGUUGGUUUCCGUGCCAGAGACGAAAGGCCUGCCAAUCGAGGAGGUGGAGAAGAUGCUGGAGCAAAGAGCUAUACAGCUGGUGUUUUGGAAGAAAGGAUCAGAUCAGGAAAAGAAGAAUUCAGUUGUGUAAAUGAAAUGCCAGCAGUGGGGUUUCUGUACUUCCACUUAUGUAGGAGCUCCCCUAAAUCAAACCAAGGGAAUUGUAAUAUAUACAAGGACUAGGAUGAUGAGUCAGUUGUGUUAA